AUGGUUCGAUCUCAGCCAGGUGCUCUGAAGUACAAGAGCAAGCUCGGCUUUGAAGGCCUCCCAAACCAGGCCUGGACGACGGCGUCCGUGAAAGAUGUUCUCAAGCAGCUGGGUGGCGAGCUGAUCGAGAUCCUGCCGCCGGCAAGCCGCCGCGAGCUUGAGGUCAUGGCGUGGCUUCGUGACCCUUCCUUUGUUGGCAAGGUGGUGACAGUGGAGAUACCUGAGCCGAAGCUGACAAACAAGCCACCCGAGUCCAUGGAUGAGUAUGAAGCAAUGCAAUUCGAAUUGGGUGAAUACGGACCGUCGUCGCCGAGGAAGAAGAACAGCUUACUGUAUCCUGACAUUUGCCACAUGAAGGAGGUUGUUGAUCGUGGUCCUCUGCUUGUUGAAGGACUGCCUGAUGAGUGA